AUGCAGUUCUUCACCAUCCCCGUCCUCGCUCUGUUUGCCGCUGGCACCCUCGCCAUGCCCAACAACUUGGAGUCCUCCCACUCCCUUGAGGCCCGCGUCGAUUGCGGACAGAUCCUCCCUGCCUGCAACGGCGGCAGCGUCGUCGGGCAGACCAACUGCCGCUGCAGUGGCCAGGCGGAGACCUGUGAUCUCUGGUCCUGCCCCGGUUCAUCCCCGAACGUCAUGGUUUGUGGCCAGCGCGGAACUGGUUGCGUGUGGAUCUAG